UGCACACCCUAUUCACAUCACCACUCGGCGUUAGAGUUAAUUUGAGUAACCAGAGGAUGGACACAUGAAAUCUACAGAAACCAAGAGAUGAGUGUGGCGUACUAUCCUUCCUUGGCUGGAAUCCCCACAUCACAACUGUCCUUAUUCACCCCAAAACCAGUCAAGUCCAAGAGUUGCAGAUUGAUUUCAUGGGAAGUCCAUUCCAUUACUAAUAGCAGUAAUAAUAGUGGCAAGAGAGCUCAAUUGCAGUUCAGUUCUCGGGUCACAAUGUGUUCUUCUCAUUCUUCUUCGGUUACAUCGGCGGGGUACCGCCAACACAAGGUGGUGUGGAUAUGGACGGAGAGCAAGCAAGUCAUGACUGCAGCCGUCGAGAGGGGAUGGAACACUUUCAUUUUCCCGCCUGACCAUCGAGAACUCGCCACUGAAUGGUCCUCAAUUGCAUUGAUACAUCCGCUCUUCAUUAAAGAGGGAAAACUUUUUGACAGUGAAGGAAGAGGAGUUGCGACAGUUUAUGAUGUUACUUCUCCGCAACAACUACAGCUGCUCCAGCCUGAAGAUAAGCAGGCAGACAACGUUAUCAUCAAUUUACUGGAUUGGCAGGUGAUACCUGCAGAGAAUAUUGUUGCAGCAUUCCAAGGCAGUCAUAUAACAGUCUUUGCCAUCUCAAAAUCUCCUUCUGAAGCACAAAUUUUUCUUGAGGCCUUGGAGCAAGGUUUGGGGGGAGUUGUUUUAAAAGUUGAGGAUGCAACAGCUGUUCUUGAGCUAAAAGAUUAUUUUGACAGAAGGAAUGAGGAUAACAACAUCUUGAGCUUGACCAAAGCCACUAUAACUCAAAUUCAUAUUUCCGGAAUGGGUGAUCGAGUGUGUGUAGAUCUCUGUAGCCUCAUGAGGCCUGGUGAAGGACUUCUGGUUGGAUCCUUUGCUAGAGGGCUAUUCCUUGUUCACUCGGAAUGUUUAGAGUCAAAUUACAUUGCUAGCAGGCCUUUUCGGGUCAAUGCGGGUCCGGUACACGCCUAUGUUGCUAUUCCAGGAGGAAAAACUUGCUACCUUUCAGAGCUAGUGACAGGUAAAGAGGUCAUUGUGGUUGAUCAAAACGGAAAGCAACGAACAGCAAUUGUUGGGCGUGUAAAGAUAGAGACUAGACCACUAAUCCUUGUGGAGGCCAAGGGAGAUUCAGAUAAUGGUACUCUUUAUAGUGUCCUUCUACAGAAUGCAGAAACAGUUGCAUUAAUCUGUCCCAGCCAAGGAAGUGGAUAUCAAAAGAAAGCAAUUCCUGUGACCUCACUCAAAGUUGGAGAUGAAGUUCUGCUGAGGGUACAGGGUGGGGCUCGGCACACAGGAAUCGAGAUUCAAGAGUUUAUUGUUGAAAAAUGAACAAUCUGAGACAAACAGUUUUUAUCCUGUGAAAUUAAUCUCUCAUAAAUGAAAAUGAUGCUCUUUCUUUCUCAUAA